AUGCCUCAGCCCGUCCCCACCGCCGACUCCCUCCACGACCUCUUCAGCCUUAAGGGCAAGACGGUCGUCAUCACUGGUGCCUCCGGCCCCCGCGGCAUGGGUAUCGAAGCCGCGCGCGGCUGCGCCGAGUUCGGCGCCAACAUCGCCCUUACCUACGCCUCGCGCCCCGAGGGCGGCGAGAAGAACGCCCGCGAACUCUCCGAGAAGUACGGCAUCAAGGCCAAGGCCUACAAGCUUGACAUUGGCAACUACGCCUCGGUCGAGAAGCUCGUGAAGGACGUGAUCGCCGAGUUCGGCCAGAUCGACGCCUUCAUCGCCAACGCCGGCCGCACCGCCAACUCCGGUAUCCUCGACGGCUCGGUCGAAGACUGGAUGGAGGUCCUGCAGACUGACCUCAACGGCACAUUCCACUGCGCCAAGGCCGUCGGCCCUCACUUCAAGGCCCGCGGCAAGGGCUCCCUCGUCAUCACCGCCAGCAUGUCCGGACACAUUGCCAACUACCCCCAGGAGCAGACAAGUUACAACGUCGCCAAGGCCGGGUGCAUCCACCUCGCCCGCUCGCUCGCCAACGAGUGGCGCGAUUUCGCCCGUGUUAACUCCAUCUCCCCCGGAUACAUCGACACCGGUCUCUCCGACUUUGUCGACAAGAAGGUGCAGGAUCUGUGGCUGAGCAUGAUCCCCAUGGGCCGCAACGGUGAUGCCAAGGAGCUGAAGGGCGCCUACGUCUACCUGGCCUCGGACGCUAGCACUUAUACUACCGGUGCGGAUCUCCGCAUUGACGGUGGAUACUGCGUGCGGUAA